AUGCACGUCCGGGCUGUGGCCGGCGUUCCCGCAUCGGCGACCACUUCGCUAGUUUACUGCAGCGUGGGGAGUGGAUCUCCGGCGAGCACGAGACGAGCUCCGAUGGCGAGCGGAGGCGGAUACGCCUGGGCCCUCGCGGCGGGCCUCAACGCCGCGCUCGCCGCCAUCUCCGCCAAGUUCUUCGCUCCCAUGUUGCUCAAAUACGGCAUGGUGAUACUUUUCAACGUGACAAUGUGGGGGUGCUACGUGAACAGCCUCAAAGCUUUGUCCUCCCUCCAGGCAACAGUCACCAACUUCGCUGCCAACUUCAUCUCGUCGGGUCUUGCAGGGUAUUUCCUGUUUCAGGAGCCUCUGCCUUCCAAGUGGUUUGCAGGUGCCAGUCUGAUCAUUCUUGGUGUGUUCAUCCUCAGCAAAUCAAGCAUUGAGGAGAAAGUGAACUCUGAUUGA